AAGUGGGCGAAAUGGGCUCGCUGCCUCUUUCCGACCGUCCCUGAACACACCAGACUAGUUUGUACAGACAUGUUGACCACCCAGGAAUUAGAUUUAGUUUGCUAACCAAGUUUGGGCUCUACUGGAGCACGUGUGUGUGUGUGUGUGUGUAUGUGAAUCUCUGUGGCUGCAUGCGGCUUGGUGGUUAACGUUAGGUUCGUAUUCUCGGAGACACUGCAGCUUCUUGUUCUAAUGCAAAUCCAUUUCUGUCUUUGACACUCCUCGUUCUCUGCAGUGAGUGUGUUGUUGUGUGUGGCCGGGUGCGAGCCUUGCUGUCUUCAGAGCGAUCAUGGCUACAGUGACUGUUCCUGCAAACACCAGUGUGUUUCUGUUGGAUAUAGAAGGCACCACCACACCCAUCACAUUCGUUAAGGACAUAUUGUUCCCAUACAUCAGAGAGCAUCUAGAGGAAUACUUGUCAGAUCACUGGGAGGAGGAUGAAUGCAAACAGGACGUGCAUCUGCUAAAGAAACAGUCGGAGGAGGACCUGAGGCAGCAUCGAGCGUGCCCGGUGGCGUGUGCGUCCCAGUCGGGUCAGACUGAUGAGGAGAAGGCCAUAAGGGAGGUGGUGGAGGGGGUGCUGUGGCAGAUGGCAGCCGACCGCAAGACCACCGCGCUCAAGCAGCUCCAGGGACACAUGUGGAGGGCAGCCUACGCCACAGGGAGAAUACAAGGCGAGGUGUACCCGGACGUGGUCCCUGCCAUAAGAGCUUGGCGUCAGAGGGGCAUGAAGAUCUACAUCUACUCCUCAGGCAGCGUGGAGGCCCAGAAACUGCUGUUUGGAUACUCCAUAGAGGGAGACUUACUAGACCUGUUCGACGGCCAUUUUGACACCAACGUGGGGGCGAAGGUGGAGAGCCAGAGCUACGUGAGGAUAGCGGAGCGCAUCGGUGUUCAGCCCCAGGACAUCAUGUUCCUCACCGACGUCACCAGAGAGGCCAAGGCUGCAGAGGAGGCGGGGCUUAGUGUUGCCGUGGUGAUGCGUCCUGGAAACAUGGAGCUUACGGAUGAGGAGAGAAGCCACUACACGACAGUCACCUCCUUCGGCCAGAUAGCCUGACUACACACACACACACACACACACACACACACACACACACACACACACACACACACACACACACACACACACACACACACACACACACACACACACGGCACCAUUAUGACCUCUCACGUCUGUCCUCUCAGCAGCAGCCCCCCCCCCAUGUGGUGUUUUUAUGUGGUCAGACACUGCGUAGCAAAAUGACAGAAAUGCAGCAUUCGAGAGAGUGUGUGUGUGUGUGUGUGUGUGUGUGUGUGUGUGUGUGUGUGUGUGUGUGUGUGUGUGUGUGUGUGUGUGUGUGUGUGUGUGUGUGUGUGUGUGUGUGUGUGUGUGUGUGUGUGUGUGUGUGUGUGUGUGUGUGAGAGAGAGAGAGAGAGAGAGAGAGAGCAAUGCAAUCACAACAAUGUCCUCAGUGGUCUUAGCAGCUGUUUACACGUAUGUGGAUAUUUCUGAAAGUGCAUCGGUUUGGCCUUGUGUUAACAAGUAACCAGAGUUUUCGAAUGAGCAUUUCAAAACUCCCGUUUGUGGGGGGAUAAAACGAACCUAUCACAAUGGAGUUUUCAUUUUCAUCCACAUGUUGUGUUUAUACAUAAACGGAUUAAAAAUAUACGCAUACAUGUAAUCUGCA